GAUGCCGUGAGGGCGGGAGGGAAGCGGCGGCAGCGGCGGCGGCAAGUUUCGCGGACUGAGGCCUGAGGGAGCCCGUGCGCGAGGGCGCGAGAGAGAGAGAGAGAGGGCGCGAGGGAGGGCGCGAGGCGAAGGGGCCCGUUCUACGCCUCUCCUCUGCUGCAUUGCAGCCUCCCUCCCCUUCCCUCCCUGCCUCCCUCCCUCCCUCCCUCGCUGGGCGUCUGAGGCGCUGCACAAUGGCGGCUCCCGGCCCUGGCCCUGGCUCCGGCUCUGGGCCCCAAGCGGCGGCGCACACCACCGUCAGCAGCAUGCAGGGCUUUCAGAUAAACUUCUGUGAAAAAGCACAAAGUAAGCGCAGAGCACUGAAGCUGAAUUUUGCAAACCCACCUUUCAAAUCCACAGCACGAUUUACUUUAAACCCCGGAGUUCCUUUUCAGAAUCCACACAUUGAUACUCAAGCAACAAUGGGUAGUAAUCACAUUGCCCCGUUCACUUUCAAAAGGAGAGAAGCGGAGAUGAUCGUGAAACUUUCCAGCAGGCUACAAGAAAGACUGAGAACACACAGCAUUGAAUCAUCGGGAAAGUUGAAGAUUUCCCCUGAACAGCAUUGGGACUUUACUGCAGAGGACCUGAAAGACCUUGGAGAAAUUGGACGAGGCGCUUAUGGUUCUGUCAACAAAAUGGUCCACAAACCAAGUGGACAAAUUAUGGCUGUUAAAAGAAUUCGGUCAACGGUGGAUGAAAAGGAACAGAAACAGCUUUUAAUGGAUCUAGACGUAGUUAUGCGAAGCAGUGACUGCCCAUAUAUUGUUCAGUUUUAUGGAGCACUAUUCAGAGAGGGUGACUGUUGGAUCUGUAUGGAGCUCAUGUCUACCUCGUUUGAUAAAUUUUACAAAUAUGUAUAUAGUGUAUUAGAUGACAUUAUUCCAGAAGAAAUUCUAGGCAAAAUCACUUUAGCUACUGUGAAAGCACUAAACCACUUAAAAGAAAACUUGAAAAUCAUUCACAGAGAUAUUAAACCUUCCAAUAUUCUUCUGGACAGAAAUGGAAAUAUUAAACUCUGUGAUUUCGGUAUCAGUGGACAACUUGUAGACUCUAUUGCCAAAACCAGAGAUGCGGGGUGCCGACCAUACAUGGCACCAGAAAGGAUAGACCCCAGUGCAUCCAGGCAAGGUUACGAUGUCCGCUCUGAUGUCUGGAGCUUAGGAAUUACAUUGUAUGAGCUGGCUACCGGACGGUUCCCCUAUCCUAAAUGGAAUAGUGUAUUUGAUCAACUGACACAAGUAGUCAAAGGAGACCCACCGCAGCUGAGUAAUUCAGAUGAACGGGAGUUCUCCCACAGUUUUAUAAACUUUGUCAACUUGUGCCUUACAAAGGAUGAGUCCAAACGGCCAAAGUAUAAGGAGCUUUUGAAACAUCCCUUCAUCCUAAUGUAUGAGGAGCGAACGGUGGAUGUUGCGUGCUACGUUUGUAAAAUCCUAGAUCAAAUGCCAGCAACUCCCAGCUCUCCCAUGUAUGUCGAUUGAUACUGCUGCUACAUCAAAACUCUUGGGCAAAGUGCUGAGAGAAAGCAAAAUGUACAGAACCUUCACCCCCCAUAUUGCAGUGUUUUAAUGCUCGUCCAGACACCAUGUGCAAUAAUGUUGGUGUUUUUCUUCCAUUCUGUCUGUAUAUUAUUAUCACUUAAAAAGUGCAUCCAUGUAAUAUCUGAUCACACACAGUGUUAGUGUCAGUCAAAGAGAGACGUCAUUUUGCUCUUUUUGUGGACAUAUUCAUGAAAUGUGGAAAUAAUAACCUUUUAUUUGUUGACCAUGAUUGGAUAAGACCUAGAAGUUGAUUUCUAGAUUCAGAGACUUCUCAGCAGCUACGGGAAUGAUUUUCUUCUCUCAAACUCUUCCAGUUAUUACAGAUAACUUAAAAGAAAGGAAGUUAGGCAUUGGUCUGUCUGAUUCUGAACAUAAAGAAACUCUGCCUGGGAAAAGGAGAACUUGUGCAGCCAAAUGAGCUACUUUUAACUUCUGGUGCCAGAAAAAGGCAAACAGGGGAUAAUAUAUAAAUAUAUAUAAAUAUAUAUAUAUUUUCUUCACGAAGUGCAAUAGAUUGAUUGAUUUGAAGUUCUGUUGUUUUUCAGUCACAGUCAGUGUUUUAAAGACAGUGCGGUUCAGCAGAACUUCUAUGUUUUUGGGGAGGCGGGGGCAGAAGAUGUGAUCAUGUAAAAUGAACUAUGUCAUUACCAAAAAAUAUAAAUAAAUAAAACAAAAGACAUGCAUUGAAAGAGGCUAACAGUGAAAACUUGUGAGAGAUGGAAAAUAUUGUAUUCUUUCAUUUUCCAAGUAAGCCAUUCUUUGAUAGAACUAGGUGUCCUGUAAAUUGUUACCUGGUGAGAUAAGACUUUGACCUGAGGAAAUAUUAAACUACUCAAUUGAA